AUGGCAAUCACUGCUGACGUGAAGAAUCAAUUAUUUACAACGGGUCACUAUGGAAAUGGUCAGCUAAUACGUCUUCCAUCGGAAGCAUCAACGUCAUCCUUUCACGCAUUGAAUGGAGAAGACAUGACAGUGACAAAUACUAAUGGACGAGCAUGGACUACGGAAGAACAUAAUCGGUUCCUAGAAGGUCUUGAACUCUUUCCGUCGGGACCGUGGAAGGAAAUUGCAGCUCAUGUGGGUUCACGCACCACGCGACAAACAAUGACCCAUGCACAAAAAUACCGUGAAAAGAUUGCGCGAAGAAAGCGGGGAUUGCGUUCGUCUGUGAAAGACACACACUUGUUCAAACGACAACGUCACCACCACGAACGCAAGGCCAAGCACAAAACAGUGAGUGCAACAACUUCACCUUGUUCAGUUGCAAUGCCGUCAGUGAGUGCUAGAAGAAAUGUGGAUUCCAUGGAUGCACACGAAUACCUUGUAUCGGAACCUGUGGUGAUACAAUCUCAAUACGAAAUCUACAAUGAUCUGGAUCCGAUUUCAAACAUUGAAAUCUCGAGCUUUGCAGCUACGUUAAGUGACUAUGACCCUCUCCCCAUGUCCGAGGAGGAAAUUGACUUUAUUCUUGAAGCAGCUACAUUCCAACCACCAACUUUCCAGACCUACCAUAGCUCGUGCUCGGAUGACAUUUUCUUUCAAUGA